GCUCAUCCCCGUCCCUGCUACUGCUCGGGCCAGCUUGAACAGACUGUUCAUAUGUCGGCAGACCGUCCUGCCUGCUUUGGCCAAGUGUAGAUCGAGAAGGCUGGCGCGUCACUGGCAGCUGCGCAACAGUAUCUCUUCUCGUUGCCGGUCCCCCGAAUGUCAUCGAGCUCCAUCUUUGAUCAUCGCCUGGCGUUCUCACUGGUACGGGGCUUUCGAUCUCUGCUCGUCCCAUGUCUGGCAGCGAUGGCUGUGAGUGUGAGAGCGGGAGACGGCGUGAAAAGAAAGCAGCGAUUUGUCAUUAUGAGGCGGCCGAGUGGACAUGGUGCUGCUAGGUGCUGAGCUGCGGCAUUCUAUCUGGGGGAGCGUCGGCGGGAUACGGCGUGUCACAGCAACGCUCGGCGUUGUCAAGAGGGCCCACAGGGAUGUCAACACUGUCGGCCGCCGGCGAGAUAAGCUUGCCCCCUUCAACACACAGCCAUCUGCGGAUGGUGCCUCGCCAUCUGUACCUGGGCCCCGUGAGUGGCUUGUGCACAAUGGAGAGCAGUUCGAUCACCCAGCUCUGCAAAAGAUAUAAAUGCCCUCCAUCUCGCAGCAACCCUCACUUCCAUCUCUCUUGUCCUUCGCGCCAUAGCAAGCGCCUUCUAUAUUGUGUCUUGCCUUUUUUGCUGAGCUCUUUCGACCCAACCUUUUACCAGCACAGGUCGCUACCUCGACCUACUCAUACCUUCAUACCUUUCCUGUGGUACCUGCCAGCAUGAUGCCCCUUGGAAGGUCUCUAGCCCUUUUGGCCGCACUUGCGACCCAAGCUCAAGCUUAUGAUGAUCUUCUCUUCACCGAGGACUUUUUCCCGCUCAUCAACGCCCGCCUAGAUCCCAUCAUCUCUCCCGGCCAAGUAUCUGCACAUGUUCAUCACGUCAUCGGAUCUUCCGCAUUCAUUGCUUCCGAGUCUUUCAAUGACACCCAGACUGCUAAUUGUACGACUUCCAACUUGAUUGAUGAUUUGUCCAACUACUGGUCUCCUAUGCUUUACUACAAAUGGAAGAACGGGUCUUACUCUGCCAUCACUGGCGAUGGUGGCAGCGCCUACUGGAAGAUGCCCAUGACCAAUCUCCCCACCGAGGGAUUCUCGGUCGUCCCCGACGACUUUAGGAUGCUUGCGGGUGAUAUCACAAGGACCACCUACAAUGCGUCGAACGCGUUGGAUCAGGCUGUCAGUUUCCAGUGCGUUGAUGCCAGUGGAAGUUACGACAAGACACCUUUUAUCCCUUCCGACCGCGAAUGUCUCACACUCCGACCCCAAGUCAAUUUUCCAGAGUGCUGGAACGGCAAGGACGCUUAUAUCGAUGACAAUUCGCAUGUCUCUUAUCCUGUUGACGGCAACCCUGAAGGCGGCAAGUGCCCCGACAGUCAUCCUUCCAAGAUUCCUCAUCUCUUCUUGGAAGCCACUUACCAUCCCAGCGAAGACACCAUUGGUGAAGGCUAUGAAUGGUACCCCGGGUGCUUUGUCCUCGCAGACGGCGACAACUACGGGUAUUCAUUCCAUGCCGACUGGCUGAACGGUUUCCCCUCUGGAUUUAUUGUCGACACUUUCAACGAGUGCUACGAUGCUGCCUCGGACACCAUCUCGAAAACCUGUGCACCCAUUGACCAAGGGAGAGCCAAAGCGGCACCGAGGGACUGUGUGUCUCGUGGCCAGGUCGUCAACGAGUCUGUCGGUCAGAUGAUGGCCAUCCCUGCUCUCCCCGGAAACAAUCCCGAGUACAACUCGUCCGAGACUUCCAAGCCCUCAUCCGACAGCUACACCGAGACUGCCAGCCUUGUCACAGUAUCAGACGAUACACAGGGUGUCUGCAUACAGGGUACUUGCUAUGAUUAUGCUGGGUCGGAUAUCGUCGACCCAUCCGCUGGGACUGGGGCGACUUCUACGGUGUCUUUGUCUGGUGUAACUGCCACCUCCUCAUCGUCCUCGACCGGCAGUUCCAUCGAGACUUUGCUCUCAUCAACUGUAUCAGCUUCUGGUUCCUCUUCUACCGCCUCUUCUGCUCCCGACUCCGUACUGUCACCGUCCCCGACGAGUCUGACGACGACGAAGAGCUCGCUCGCGAAAAGCGCAAGAAGAAGAGAUGGGUUGCUGAUUGGUAGAUGCCAUGGUUCUUUUGCUUUCUGAAUCUGUCCUGGUGGCAGGAUCUGGCCUUUAGAGUACUUUAUAGGACCUCAAGUUUAUAGACCGCUGGACAUGCAAUAUAUGGAC